ACAGACGCGGCUUUGGGAUGGUUCCCCUCAGUCAGCGCUGGAGCCUGUCCUUGAGGACCCCUCAUUGUAGGCUCUUCCCUGAAGCAAGCUUCUCAUCUCUGCCCACCUAUGCAAAGUGAUUAGUGGAAAGGGCAACAGAGGGGAGAAGGAGGAGGGUUAAAGUCUAGACAAAAGCAUCUAGCUAGCUAGCUACAUGUACAAUGUCAUGUAGGCGGUACCCACAAAGGUGUGAACACCGCCACGUCAAUGGCAAGUCACAAUUCCCCAAAGAUCCAAAGCGGGGGUUGAGAGACCUACGGUACCCACACCCGAACACCGCCACGUCAAUGGCAAGUCACAAUUCCCCAAAAGAUCCAAAGCAGGGUUUGAACGACGCACGGUACCCUGCAUUGUAUUUGAUAGCGUUUUUGUAAAAAUGUCUGUGAAAAAGAGAAUAUUUGUUUUAGGCUGCAAUUUUGUAUUGGAUUAGAUUGGAUUGGAUUGAAUUGAAUUGGAUUGCAUUGAAUUCCAGUUUACUAUACAGAUAACAGUAAUAUUUGGAAUCCAAUUCAAUUUAAUCCAAUACAAUCUAAUCUAAUUAAAUCUUGCUUCCCGCUAAAAGCUUCAUUUUAUCCUUUUUCUGACAUUCUGAGUCACUCCUGUUGAGAACACUACAGCGCUAUAGCAAGAUUUGCCCAUCCCCCACUGGAACGAUAAUAUCGUGCGACGCACGGUCGUACCGGUACCGGCACUCGCCAAAUAAGAUCACUGUACUUGUCCUUGUCCUGCCUUCUAACUAAUAAAGGAACAUUUUCGUGGGUGCAUCCAACGUCCGCGUACACUCUGAGACGGUACCGGUACCACGUAGAUAGCCAGCCCAUCACAUCAUAUAUAUCCAAAACCAUGAAGUUUGCGUUUGCGUUGCUCUUGCUAUCUCCCUUGCCCUGUUGGGCUUGUCCCAUGUUUGAUGGCAGUUCUCAGCCUCUGAGCGGUUCGAUUCUGCAAGCCUUGGCUCGUCGAGCCAGUCCCUCGCAUCCACAAGUCUUUGGUAAGCAACGUCAUCGCCAUUUGCAGGAUGGAGAGGAAGACUAUCGUCUUCCCGAGUUGAUUCCCAACACUGGACCCGACAAUGGCGGACAAGGCUACGAACCUUUGACCCGCAAUGCCUUUGUCAAUCCGGCUGGCGUUGCUCGUGUGGCUUAUACCGAACCAGGCACUGGAACUACGUAUACCAUGCCCGACAUUGUAGCUGCCUAUGCCGCUGGAUUGCUACCUGGGUUGGAGGAAGGGCCGGGUGUCGGCCAGGAACUCUGCUACUUUUCUAUGCAAUCCUUGCCGCCUCCUCCCUUUAUCGAGGACUUUAAUCAGACCGUCCCUAGACAGGUUAAUGGCACGGAACAAUACACCUACAGGUAUCCCAUUGCGGACAUGCAGAGAGUCAUGGACUUGUGUGAACUGGGAGGCGCCAGAAUGCAGCAACACGUUGCCGAUGGAAGCCCAUUUGUCAUGUUUGGAGGCUGCUCCCUUGGAAGUGAGGCCAGCAAAGCGCUUUGUGAAGUCGGCAUUGAUGCCAGCAAUACCGUCUCCAAGACUUGCGAUGAUGCACUUGUCAACAGCGCCCUUGCUUGGCCUCAAGCCAUGGCCAUUUUCAAGUUGCAGCCCGACACACUCGCUCAGUUUGCGGAAUUCAUCCAAACCUGGAAGGAUUCGCCUGAUCAACAUCGCGCCAACAUUGUUUGGGCGUUUGCGCCCUCGGACUAUACGGAACCUGGCAAUGACGAAUUUGGCGGAAUCCAGGGAUCUUACUUUCCGGGAUGGGGCGCUCAAGGCGGACUCCGAGCCAAGGUCGUGCAAUGCGACAAAAUUGACCCGUUGUUCAUUCGACCCCUCGGUCCCAAUGGAGACUACUUCUUUGGACCGGAUGAAUUUGCAGACAUUAAUGCAACCGACACCUCUAGAACCAUCCAAGAAUUGGCCUAUUUGGAAUGGGAGCGCUUGUGCGGCAUUCCCAUUGGCGGUGCUAAUAGUGAUUGUGAAAUUGAUGCGGAUCUCCCCAUGGCAUCCGGAGAGACACAAUCUACCGAACAGCCUCCUUUUGCGAUUCUCGCUUUGGAUGAGCAGUGUUCCUAUGGACCCGACUUUAUUGCGGCUAGCACCCAGUGUGGAGGAGAUUUGGACUAUGCUUUCGGUGACGAUUCCACCGCCCGAGAACUGGAACGAGUCACCAAUGAAGGAAUCGCAGCCUGUGGCAAGACCUUUUGUCAAUCCUUGGCGUAUGCUCCCAAUCAAGGCAAUGUGGGAGUGGAUGACAAUGGUUUCUUGUUUUGCUGGGAGGGCACUGACUUGGCAGCAGGAUAUAGAGCCCCAACCCAGUGCGAUGAGGGAAACAACUAUAUGGAAGCUAUGCGCAGCUAUACACAAUGCACUAUUGGUGUCAGCCGUUCUGUGUCGGAGCAGCGACGCACAGCCAGUAUUGAUGCUGAGAGUGCCGGGGCCGGGGCCUCAUUGGAAGCCUGUGGCACUGUGAUUGAGUGUGAUGCAAAAACGUUAGAGUCAAUCACCCCAGAAUGGGGAACGAGAUUCUGUGUGAAUUUCUUCAAGGCUCUUACACACCCAGUCAACGACCCUGAUGGUGAAUUCGCGUGGGUUGCCGAAUGUGGGUUUUCAGGAAGUGGCGAGGAGGGAUCACCUCUCUAUGAUAACUGCGAGGCACUUGGAUUUGGUACACUAGUAGAAGACGUGAGUGGGGGAUCCAACUUGCAAUCAUCUGAGGGAGACUCGGAUGGUGAUUCAGAUGUAGACUCAGACGGAGAUACAGAAGGUUCGGACGGAGGCUCUGAUGAAGCAGCUUCAGAAGGUGGAUCAGAUGCCGCUAAGCAAAGUGGUGCUAGCACUUCUUCUCUGCAAAGCGAGAGCUCCUUCCUUGUUGCUCUUGUUGGCUUGGUGUUAUACGCUGCGUAAGAAUCUGCUGUAUGUGCAGUUUUGAAGUCAAGUACAGUACUGUACGGUACGGUGGAAGUUUUGAGGCUUUUGAGCAAGUUUUGCAAAGGCGCAUGGCCAAACCUUACUUGCUGUCUUUAUUCUGCAUCAAGCAGUGUUGAGGCUGAGGUUAGGAUCAAUAAGAUGGCCUUCAUUAAUUUUUAAAAGGAGUCAAGGACUAUUCCAUCCAUCUAUCUUCAAACUGGUCCUAGUUGGUAAUGAAUAUCCAAGACAGAUGAAUAGCAAUCAAUAAAGUAGUGUGAUGUCCAUGGUUUUGCAGCCAGUUAUUAACCAUACCGUAUUGUCACAACUUGACUGCAGUGAAGGCACGGUGCGGGCUUGGUCCGCUG